AUGUCGUCGAGAUUGUUUUCGGAUGCUGGUACUGAACGUCUUGAUGAUGCUGAAAUUAUGGAACUUGCUCGACGGUUUGCUCAUCUAAGGUUGUCUGAUCCUCCUCAUGCUGCUCGGUCCGAUAUCGCUCACAGCAACGUCUCGUGCUAUUCGUUCCUGCGAUCACUUAUUUCACCUCGUCGGUCUCGUAAUUCUGGUUCACAAAGUGAUCCAGGUGUUGUGCCUCCAUCGCUAAAUGCCUCUCAUAGAAGUGCUCUCCGUGCCAGUGAUGUUUCGCCAGUUCCUCCAUCAGUGCCUAUAACUACAGUUAUUGAUGGAGAUACUCCUGUUGUUCCUGGUGGAGUACCAUCUCAAGUACAAUCGUUAGGGUUUUCUGCGUUGGAAUUAGAACGGUUCCACGAUUCUGCCCAGAAGCGUGCUAAUAAUGCAGCUCUACCGGUUGGUGGCAAGUAUAAGGGCUAUGCCGAUACUCGUACUAUUGAAGCCUUCUUACAACAAGUCCAUCGUUGUCCUUCUUGGAAUGUUGGCUCUGUGCCCUCAUUCUUCCGUUCGUUUUAUUUGGAAAGGUGCCUUGAUGAAUCUGUUUGUGAUGUUGUGGUUGACAUUGUUGAUCGUAAGCUUCAAGAUGAUGGUAAAGUAGGAUAUGAUCGUUUGAUGGCUAGGGCUCAAAUGAUGGAGAAGAUUCUAUGUUCGAGGUUUGAUUCUAUUCAUGCUCAAGGUAUCUUAGUUGAGCAAUGGCAAUCAUUGAAAUGGUUGCCCGGUGAGACCGACUUCGAGACGUUUUAUUUGAGAUUCCAGCAAGUUGCAGAAGCUUAUUCGAGACAGAGAGGCGAGGCAUUGCGUGAGUCCGACUUGUCGUCUAGACUUUUCUCAGCACUGCCAUCCGAUUUGAAGGAGCGUGUUAUUUGGUUAUGUGGUCCUUGUCCGUCCUAUAAGGAAUUGCUCAACUUUGGUAGAAGAAUGAACUUGGUAUAUGUGAGAAGGAAGGAGGAGAAGGUUAAUGGUGUUCGAGGCCCCCUUCGGAAGGCUGCAGUUAAUGUUGUUAAUGAUGUUAGUGAAGGUUUACCAGUUAUGCCAAUUGAGGAGGGUGUUGAUGCGACAACUACUACUACUGGUGUCCAGACUAACUGCAAACUAUUCGUCAGCAAUCUGAGUUAUGACGUGAAUGAGAAGCAAGUUCUGGAUGCGUUGAGAGCUGUUUUAAAAUUGUCUGGUGUAAUACCUGUAUCGGUGAGGUUGUUUCGUGAUCGAGACACUGGACGCAAUAGAGGUUUGGGUCUAAUCGAGUUUCGUGAUCCUAGCAGUGCGAAGAAAGCUCUAUCGCUAAAUGGUAAACGAUUACUUGGUCGUUCUAUUAGAGUUAGACCGGAUAAUGGUGGUCAAGGUGUCAAACGUCGACGUGUUGAAGAUGAUCAAGAUGCUCAAGCAGUGAAUGAGGUGGUUCAGCAGCAGCGUGAUGUGCAGGUUGCGGCUGUCGAGCAGGAGGACAUUGUAGAAGACCCUUGCGAAAGCUCACCCAAGGAGUCCUCAGAAGCAGCUUAUGUCGUCCAGACCACUGUUGAAGAGGUUAACGUUGGUGUUGUGAAUUCAUCGGUUGAGCCUAGUAUUGUUAUUGAUUUACGACGUAUUAAUACACAAAAUGGAGGGAAUUGCCCGUUAACGACAAUUCAUACGGAAGUAGUUCCUAAUCCUGAUGAUCCUGCUGACUGCCAUACUCUCGACUGGUUGCUAGAUAGUGGUUCUGCGGUCCAUCUUAUUUCUGAUUCAGAAGCUGGUUGGUUGGGAUCUGCUAGAGUUAUCCCUCUGCCGUCUCCGAUUAAGCUCUCUUUUGCCAACGGUACUACUCAAUUGGUACAUGAGGCGAGAGAAUUGAGCCUUCGUUGUGAUGGUCAGAAGUUUAACACUACUGUUUUGCUUGUACCAGGUUUAGCUGUUCCAGCAAUAUUGAGUCUUCACCAACUGGUGCAUGACUUUGGUUCAGUAGCCUGGCACCUUUUGGCUCCGGGUGAAGAAGUUCUACGAUUAGGGCAUGAUGUUACUCUGAGAUCUACUAGUAAUGAAAUUUCACUUGAUGCAGUGGGGUCCGUGAACGCUGUCGUGAACGCCGUUCCUUCCUUAGCUUUUGUGUCAUCCUUUCCUGAUGAAAAGUUUUCUCACUGUAGUUUGCGGAGUCUACGAGAGGCCUACCAGGAGAAACAAGUAGUUGACUUGGAAUCUAAAGCUGUUACAGUAGAUGUGGUGAAUGCCCGUUCUCUUCAGCCUCACACUACUGGUCGUGAUGACCGUCCUCCUAUCGCUGUGGAUUUUGUGGCUGAUGAAUAA